GUUGUAUUUUAUGAUUUUUGUUAUUUUUCUACAUAUUAAAACUCGUUGGUGUCCGUCAUAUAACGACCGAUAUAACAUUGAUUUAAAAAUCGUAGAAGUGUGAUCGAUAGUUAGUUAUCGUAGUAUAAACUAUCGAUAAUAGACACACAGCAACAGCUGUAGAAGCAACAGUUACACACAUCUUGUUACUAUCUUUCUAAACGUCUAACGCUGUCGAGUCAGUUUCUCAAUUAUAAUUGUUCGUUUCUAUUCAUUAGGCGUUGAUUUAUUAUUUUGUGGUUCUAGUCAAAUCAUCGCGAUCUUAGUCCACCACAAACAGUCUAACGUGUUUUGAUUUUUUACAAAAUAAUUGGUUAAAACGCAAUGAAAUAGUUAUAUGUUAAUAGUGAUAACAAUUUUUGUACAUUUUAUACAGUAGUUAAGCUAACUAGUAACUUGUCAACGAAAUUAUGGAAUCGAAGCGAACUAUUAUCGAUAUCAUAUUUUUUGUCACUAUCGUUAUUUCUUUUUUUAGUAUUGUUAGUUGUGGGCCUACAGCUGUAGAAAAAAACUACAUGGGAUGUGAUGAUCCACAUAUUUUCAAUUGUAAACAGUUUCCUUUGUACAAUUAUACAGAUUUACCCGUUGCAGAAAAAAAAGAAGAUUUAUCUGUAAACUGUCCGUAUUCAGGUUUGGAAAAACAUUUAGUUUGUGUUGAUGUUUUUACAAGGAAAUGCAUGAGCCCAAAGCAGCGUUCUUCUUUUUAUCAACUAUAUAAUAAACCACCCUUGCUGAUGCAAGAAUUAUGCCAAGAUGGUCCAUAUCAAGAUGAAUAUUUGAAACAUGCACCAUGUCUAAAAAAAGUUCAUAAAGAAUAUGAAGAAUGUGGAAAAGAACAUCAGAAACACAUCACCGAAAUGAUGGCAAAUAACAACUCUACCAUUCAAUUUCAACCUUCUCAUGAUAUGAAUGAAAACCUAAAACACUUAUGCAGAUCAUUUCGUGGCUAUUUAAUUUGUGUCAACGACAUAGUCAAAGCAACUUGUGGGGAAACAACAGUUGCAUUUACUAAACAGUUUCUCAGUGAAAUGGCAUCUUCUCUUUUAAAAAUAUGUGAAAAUUCUUCCGUUGAUAUGAAAACUGAAGAUGAAAAUUCAUCAACAAGCUUACAUUUAUCUUUAUUUUUGAUUUCAGUGGGAUUAGUUUUGACUAAUUCCUUUUAACUGUUAUUUUAUUUAAGUAAGCCCAAUACUCUUUUAAAUUGUUAUGUUAAAAUUAUUGAGAUUGUUUCAUUUGAUUGUUAUCCUAUAAUGUUCUUGAUUUUUAAUAACUUGAACUUUUAAAAACCGUCCAAAUGUAUAUAAAGCUCCAAUAUUACAUUUUUAAAAUCAUAAAAAGUCAUUUUAAAAACAACUAUGAGCACUAGAAAAAUGUAAAAGAUACAUUUAAUUUUAAUUGCUUUUUUCUUGUAGUAUAUUAUACAAUAUUUAUAUUGGAUAUUUAUUUUGUAUGUGUUCAUUGUGUGCCUUUUUAUAUUAGGUACCAAUUUUAUUAUA